AUGGGGGGUUUGAUAAGCGUAUGGCUCCGCUACAUUUCCGCGGAAUCGGCAAUCGUCCCCAAUCAAGGGUACUCGUACCCGAGCGACAUAACCCAAAACAGGUUUGACUCUGAAGAUGAGGAUGAUAUUAUGCCACUCCCUAUUAAUUCACCUGCUUCAAAGAGUGUUCCCUCAAGGGGAUGUUUUUCAAAUGCAGGAAAAUUCCUACUUUCUAAGUGCUUCUCUUCAGGUCUACUAUUCCAUGUCCCAAACAUUUCGUCUCCACUUGGCCGCUCAACAAAAGGCACUGUAGCAAGUGCUUUGCAGUCCCUUGACAAAGCCCACCAGCUAGGCAAGUUGGUUGACCCUGGUCCGAUACUUCAAGUUAUGGACAAAAUUGCUCCAACAUUUGUAAGAGGCAGACAGCAAGAUGCACAUGAGUUCAUGGCUCUGUUAUUAGAUGCACUGGUGCAUGAGGCCGGAACUGUUGUCACUCCAGUGCACCAUUUAUUUUCUAGUGCCAAUGCAGAAUUGGUAUCCUGUGAAAAGUGUUACCAUACAUCAUAUGUUCAAAACAAUUUCCCCAUGAUUCCUACUGCUCAAUUUCAUGGGUUUAAUGAUUUGGAGGAAGCAGUCAAUCAUACCUUGCAGCCAGAAUCUGUGAUAAGUGCUUGUACUGAAUGUGGCCAUGGCCAGAAGAAGAAAGUGUGUUGUCUACUAAGGCCUGCUAACUACCUUUGCGUGCACAUACCUCGCUUUACAACUGAUAAUAAUGGAAAUUAUGUCAAGUCUAAGAAAGAGCUACUCAUGAAUAAAUCGCUAAGAAGUAGUGGACAUUACACCGCUUUUUGCCUGGAUCAAAGUAAUGUCUGGUACCACUUUGAUGACAGUAAGAGUACACCUAUCAACAUGCUGUCAUACCUUGACAGCGAAGAAUGUCAGCAGAAUGCAUACAUUGCACUGUAUCAAAAAAAGGAAGCUACUGGGGAAGAGACGCCACUUCAAUCGCUGUCCCAACUGAUUAUGUCGGAAUCAAGUGUAUGUGCACCACCAGAACCACCGCCACCAUCUACUCGGGCCCCUCGUAGGAAAUUGCUACAAGCCCAGUCCCAAAAUCCCAUGGUGCUUUCCAUGACCCAUGGGUUGUCAUGGAACGUCAUGGAACAUCAACUGUCCAAGGGCGAACUUUCCAUGUAUUUUUUGCCGCUUUUCCAUGAGUGUUUUUUCCAUGGGCAUGUAUUCAAACUCCAUGGUGUUGGUCUCCAUGGAACAAUACUAAGCCCAUGGACAACUUUACCAUGGCAAAGCAAAGAACAGAGUCGGUUGCCUAAGUCAAGUUAG